AUGGGCUCCCUCCAGUGGUCAAGGGACACCGGGCUCCUGCUGUCGCUUGCCCGGGCUCUGGAGCUGCCGAGGGUGGUUUUGAUCCCUCCAGAAAUCACCCGGGGACUGGACCGGGCUUUUGGUUUCCGCAGCUCCUGCUGUGUGUGCAGACGGCGGCGGCGGAGGCGGCGUCCCUGGCGGUGGUGGCGGCGGCGGCGGCGGUGGCGACGCGGAGGAGCGGGGGACCGGCCCGGCAGCACUGAGCCAGGCACCGCCUGCCUGCGAGCGGACGAGGCGAGAGCGAGCGGGAGGGACGGAGAGAAGCGCUGCGGUCCCCCCCAUCCCCCCUACCCCAACCCCCUCCCCAGCCUCCGCCAGCCAGCCCGGCUGACACACCGACUGCUGCAGCCCCCUGGGGAGACGCUGCGGCCUCGGCCCCCGGCCUCCCUUGCUACCCGCCUCCCCCCGGGGGUACGGGCGUCCGGGUCCCUGUCCCCAGGCUCAGGGCUCGGCUGCCGCAGCCUCCCGCCGCCCAGAGAGCCUGCCGGAUCCCUCCGGAGGAGACGGAGAGAGCCUGCGGGAUCUCCUCCUGCCCCCGGAUCCCCUGUGCGAGCGCGGCAGACAGACUGUUGGGUUUCCCCGCUCCCCCCGUCGCGUUCUCUUCCCCCCCCCUCCCUCUCUGAAAGACUUUGCUGGAUCCUCCUCCUCGGAUCCCCUCCCCGCGCUCGCUCCUUCCUGCGAGAGAGGCUGCCGGAUCCUCCUCCUCCUCCUCCCGCCGGAGAGGCCGCUGGAUCGCUCCGCUGGGGUCCCUGCCAGAGAGACGCGGAUCCUCCUCCUCCUCCUCCCCCGAGAGACUGCAGCGGCUCCGCCGCUCCCUGGAGCGAGAAACUCGGCGGGAUCCUCCUGCCCGGAGCCCCAUGUGAGACUCCGGAUUCCCCCCCGUGGCUCCGUGAUGCUCCUCCAUGUGGACUGAGAACCCAUCAAGACACACACACGAUAACUCAUCUCGAUCAACUCCAAAUCCAGGCUUGCGUGGGUUUUGCUGCAACACGUAAAAGCAAACUUGUAUUAAGACACACUCGUGCAAAAAUUUAGCUGAGGACUUUUAAGGUGUAUUUUUGUCUUGGUUUCUUGGUUUUUUGUUUUUUUUUUUCUCUCCUUUGCUUCACUGGAAAUCAGAAGCGUGUUUUGGAAUUGGAGCUGCUUCUGCUGCACUUCUCUGGGCUGGAUAACACUGAAGCUCCUCGCUUUUCUACUUGGAUAGUGUUUUCCUCUUGAUCUGUUGGGAUUUUUUUUUCUUCUCCUGUGUGGCAGACUUUUUUUUUUCCUCGAGGGGGUAAACAACGACGACGACAACAAAAAAACUUGAUUUUUUUGGCCGUGUGAGAUUUUUUUCGUAUUUAGAUUCGUGAAAUUACGGGUACACUUACAAAAAAAAAAUCAAAAAACAAAAGGAAGCAUUAAAAUAAGAAAGGAACACGUCAGAAAGACCCCUACACGGUAGACAAAAUAUUCACUUGUUUCCUCACAGCAAGACUGAGUCGAAAGCUGCCAAAGAGCCCUAUAAAGAAAAGACUAAAAGGUAAGAAGGGGUAAUAGCCUCUCUUGAUCUGGGCAUGGGAGAAGUUAGCAGUGGAAGAGAUCUGCUAAGCCAGUGCAUACUUCCUUAGUCCUCACAAGUCCAAACCAGAUUUUUUUCUUUUUUUUUUCCUCCUACUUAUUAGUCGGUGAAGCAAGCAACACCCUAAAACAUUUCAAAAUCUAUUUAUUUUGAUCAGAUACCUUUUCUCCUUUCAGCAGCUUGCCGGAAUGUUAUUUUUCGUGCAAGAAUUGGGUAUUUUUCGAUACACCUUUUCCCGGUUCCGAUAGCUGUUGUGCACAAAACAAGCGAACAGAGGUGCCAUUUGUGUGUUCGUUGUGCCAUGGAUGCAAACCUGUGUCAGAUGGUGCCGUGUGUGCUCGCUUUGUAACUUACACGUGUGAAAAUUACUGCAGAGCGUGUUGGAAAUGAUCCCGGGUCUGGAAAAUGAGGGGUGUGAGUCUCGUCAGGAGUGCUGCUCUGCUGGGAGAUGAGGCUCCAGCUUUUUCUGUUCAAAGUUAGGAUUUCUGGAUUUUUAAAUUUUAUUUUUCUUCCCUUCUCCCUUCCCUUCUUUCUCCCCCACCUAAUGAGAUUAUGGGCAACUGCUGUAAGUUUUCUCUGGAGUAUUCAGAGAGAUCUUCGUCUAAAGAUGUAAAUCUCCGGUGGGAGAGAGAAUAUCGAGCAGUUUGUUUUAAACUUGCGACGCUGAAGGGGGAGAAAUUGGCGAGAGUUAAGUUUUUAACCUGAGAAAUCUUGAAACACUUAAGUUUAUUAAUUGUUUGAAUCUUCUUUGUAUCACAACUUCGUGUCAAAGGUUAAUCUUCUUAAUAUGUAAUUAGUUGAAGGUCCAAUUAGGGGAUUUACUGAACUCGAUUCCAUUUCCCCCCAUUUUUCCCAUUAAAUUAAAUACUGCUAGUCAUA